ACCACUUGAGUUUGCAUUGCAAUUUCUCACGAAACAAUUCUUUUCUCAAUACACAACAAGGGAAAACAAAUACCCAAUUUCUAUUUAACUUAACCAAAAUUUCUAAGCAAAUUCUUUCUUUUACAACUAUAUUAAUAUUACUCCCAUUAUCUUAAAUUUCUCAUUAAGUUCCAGGGAUUGAUUGUUGAUUGUUGAUUGUCGGAUGGGCAUAUCAUAUUCAUGUCCCUUUGCCACUUACAACGAUUUAGAAAGUGGGUUGCAUUCGAUUAUUGUAAAAUCAGUGAGUUUGGGUGAUGAUGAAGUGAAGACCCCUGAAAGGUCUAUAAGCUUCAAAGGAGAAGAUGAUUCGGAAUCCAUGAUUCUAAAGAAAUCUUUUGGUUCUGGAAAGAUGAUAAUUGAAGGAUCUUUUAACUUUAAACAAAGAGAAAAGGACACAUUGAUCUCAGUGAAUCCUAAUCCUGAUAAAUUGGAGGAUUUGGAUAUCCAAUCACUUAAAUCCAAUGCUGGUUUCUGUGCUCAAUCGCCCGUUGCUCAUUUUGGGAGCCCGAAAGAUGAGGCUGCUGUCAAGUUGCAGAAAGUCUAUAAAAGCUUUCGCACCAGGAGGAAGCUUGCAGAUUGUGCAGUACUUGUUGAGCAAAGCUGGUGGAAGCUUAUAGAUUUUGCGGAGCUCAAGCAUAGUUCGAUAUCAUUUUUUGACAUUGAACACCACGAGACUGCAUUGUCACGUUGGUCUAGAGCGAAAACCAGGGCUGCUAAGGUUGGUAAAGGAUUGUCAAAGAAUAGCAAAGCUCAAAAACUCGCCUUACAACAUUGGUUAGAGGCAAUUGACCCUCGACAUCGUUAUGGACAUAAUCUUCACUUCUACUAUACGAAAUGGCUCGAGUCUCAGAGCAGAGAACCCUUCUUUUAUUGGCUUGAUAUUGGAGAAGGAAAAGAGGUUAAUCUAGAGAAAUGCCCCAGAGGGAAACUUCAGCAACAAUGCAUCAAAUAUCUUGGACCAUUGGAAAGAAUGGCUUAUGAAGUUACCCUUGAGGAUGGGAAAUUCUUCCACAAAGAAAGCGGGGAACUCCUCAACACCUCAUCUGAUCCCGAUGCCAAAUGGAUAUUUGUGCUGAGUACAUCCAGGAACUUGUAUGUUGGAAAGAAGAAGAAAGGCACAUUUCAGCACUCUAGCUUCCUGGCUGGAGGUGCCACAUUGGCUGCUGGGAGAUUAGUGGUCGAGAAUGGCAUCCUAAAGGCAGUAUGGCCUCACAGUGGCCAUUAUAGGCCGACUGCAGAAAACUUUCAAGAAUUCAUUUCUUUCCUCGGAGAAAAUAAUGUGGAUCUUACAGAUGUUAAGUUGGAUCCAGUGGAUGAGGAUGAACAAUCACUUGGAAAGCAAAGAAGCAGCCUACACUUCAGAAACAACUCCGAAGAAGAACUGGUAGCAGAAAACACAGUUGAGAGCAACCGUUUUGAUAUCGAUAGCACUGCAGUAAAACCUGAUGUAUAUGAACAGGAGACUGCAGUUGCAAUCGAUCAGCCAAGUCGAAGUGAAUUCAGUAGAAAAUUAACCAAUCUCGAGAUACCUAAAAGAGAUGACUUGCUUGUAAAGAUGCACAGUGAAAGUCUGGCUCUACAAUCCACUGUAGAUAACCUACAUAUGGAAGAUGGUUACGAUUCAGCCUCUGAGCAGGAUGAACAAGCGGAAAAACAUGAAGGUAUUGAAGAAGAUGACGAAGAAGAAAUAGAAGUUAUUCCAGCAGAAUCAAUCCUACAAAGGAUUAAUUCUCAUAAAGAAAUGAAGUCUUAUCAGCUUGGAAAACAACUUUCAUGUAAAUGGACGACAGGAGCAGGGCCUCGGAUAGGCUGUGUGAGGGAUUACCCAUCAGGACUUCAGUUCCGAGCUCUAGAGCAAGUGAGUUUAUCCCCGAGGAGUGCUUGUGCUCUUACAAAAUCGGUGUUUUCUCCUGGUUAUGUAUCUGGGUCCUAUCCAAAGGCAUCAACGCCGAUACAGAUACUGUCACGGAAAAGUAUCGGGCAUGGGCACUGCAGUGUGCAGUUGUCACCCCUAUCCAUCAAAGGGAGAAAACCUACAUUGUAGGUGUUGGUAGUAAGUUAGGAGGUAGUACUGACUAAACAAUAUUCUUUGUUGUUUCAUUCUUUCUGUACCUUGUGUAUAGAGGAUAAUAGAUUGAUAACUUUAGGCAUUCUUUACAUUCUUUUACCUUUGAGUCCAUAUCACAUUAUACAUUCUUUCUGUACCUUGUGUAUAGAGGAUAGUAGCAGUCUUUCGAACCCGAUGACAAGUUUUGUAGAUUUUUCGGGGUUGUCUCGAUACCAUACAUAUAUACAGGUAGAGAAUGUAAGAAAAUGAAUAGAAAUACAUAAAAGUAAAGAAACACAAUGUUUCUCA